CUGACUAUGCCCCCUGUGCCCCUCCUUCCCUUCAGGGUGUGGGAGCCAAGAGCUCCCCCAUGCACUCCCUGCUGCUCAUCUUCACGUGGAGGCUGCUUCCCAGGACUGGAGGCUGCCUUGGCACCGGGACUGGGCCCCAGAAAGCAGGCGCUGGACAGAGUUCUGGAUUGUGAGGACCCUUCACCAUGGGGGGAGGCACCAUCACAAGAUUUCCUGUAAUGAAUCCACAUCAUCUUUAUAAUAGAAGAAACUUGCUAGUUUAAAAACUACACGAUUCACACGUUCACUCCUGUGCUGAUUGCGGCACUAAUGGCAACAGCCACGUUAUGGAAUCAACCGAGUUCCCAGACACGUUGUGGGGUCCCAGCCACUCACCCUGUAAGGAGCAACAAAGCCAGGAUCAUCAAUGGGGUGGACUCUCUCCCUGGAUCCUGUCCCUGGCAUGUGGCUGUGAUGAACACAGAUGGCGACCUGGUGUGUAGCGGCGCGCUCAUCUCGCCCGUCUGGGUGAUCUCCGCCGCCCACUGCAAUAUCACGAAUGACCACCUGAUUGGGAUUGGAAUAGCUGCUCGACACUCAAAAAAUAACCAGGCUAACAGGAUUGCACAGGUUUUCAACCACCCUGAUUAUCACAGUGGACGUGUGGCCAAGGACAUCGCCCUUGUGAAAAUGGCCACACCUGUUCGUUUCUCUAAGAAUGUGUCCACCGUGUGCCUGCCCCAAACUGGGGAGGUCUUCCCUGCGCAGUCGCUGUGUCUCACCAGCGGCUGGGGCUUCGCGAGUUACAACGCCACAGAUAUACCUCACAAGCUGCAGCAGUCCUACAUGACCCUCAUGCCCAAUGACCAGUGCAAGAAAUACUGGGGCACAACAGUCCCUAGAAACAUUAUCUGUGCCGGAUCUCUAGGAGUCACCAUCUCCAAGGGUGACUCUGGCAACCCCCUUGUGUGCUUGAGUAAUAAUACCUGGACCCUAGUGGGCUUAAUGUCCAAGGUCAGCGAAGUUAACUCCAGCUAUAAGCCAUUCUUCAGCCCCCGCAUCACUUUUCUCCUGCCCUGGAUUAAGAAGAUUGUGCUGAGAAACUGAACACUGAUCCUCCCUCUGCAGCGCCCUUUAUGCCCAAU